AUGCCUACUACGGUGCACGAGAACAUCGCUCUCCUCAACAUGAUGUCCUCAGACAACUUGGAUGAUGAUCUGAAGAGUGUUCAACUCCAUUUUCCAUCUGAUCGACGAUUGCAGAGCGACGGCGCAUGCGUAGAGGAGAGGGUCAGAACCUCGCGUGGCGACAUCCUGGUGGCGGUGCGAGGGGACCGCAAGAAACGCGCCAUAAUCACAUACCAUGACCUCGGACUAAACUAUGCAGCGAAUUUUCAAGCGUUUUUCAAUUUUGUUGAUAUGAGAGCUAUUUUGGACAAAUUUUGCAUCUACCACGUUAACGCGCCGGGCCAGGAAGAGGGCGCUCCCACUCUGCCCGAAGAUUUCGUUUACCCUAGUAUGGAUGAGCUGUCUUCCCAGAUUGAUUUUGUUCUGGGUCAUUUCGGGAUCAGAUCGUUUAUUGGCUUCGGGGUCGGAGCUGGAGCGAAUGUUCUCUCCCGUUAUGCACUUAAUAACCCUCAGAGGGUUGACGCUUUAAUUCUCAUUAAUUGCACAUCCACACAGGCCGGGUGGACUGAGUGGCUCUACCAGAAGAUCAAUACGAGGCAGCUCCGGGCCAAUGGGAUGACUCAAGGGGCUCUGGACUACUUGAUGUGGCAUCAUUUUGGCCGCAGUACUGACAACCGUAACCACGAUCUAGUUCACGUUUACAAGGAGUGUUUCUCCCACGUUAAUCCCGUUAAUUUAUCCAUGUUUAUUGAUUCCUACUUGCGUCGUACGGAUCUGGGAAUAUCGCGUGACAGCAACACGGUCAAAGUUUCGGUUUUGAACGUCACGGGAGCUCUGUCACCUCACGUCGAAGAUACAGUCACGUUCAACGGUCGUUUGGAGCCGGCAAAGACCUCUUGGCUUUGUAUUUCUGAUUGUGGCAUGGUGCUCGAGGAGCAGCCGAAUAAGAUUUCAGAGGCGUUUCGACUGUUCCUCCAAGGGGAGGGUUACUGCAGGUAG